AUGCUACUCCCACCAGCCUCGCUGACCGCCUCGGUCGCAUCUUCCAGCAAGCUAACGCUCACUCGCGCCGCAUGCUCACCACUAACAAGCCAAUUCAGCAAAAUACAGCGACCCGUCGGCUUGCUAGACAGGCGCUAUACCGCCUCUGCCCGUCGCCCCAACUGGCCUGCUCGGCAUCGAGCAACUGCGCCCAGCCAUUCGCCUACUCAAGCACGUUUCUCCUCCACCCGUCCGCGAGCCAAUUCCAGCAAGAUUCUUCGAGCUCUGCCAAGGUUGAGCUCAGGCUUGACGCUGGUCGGUGGCACGUUGGCGCUGCUUUUGGCUCUGUGCGCCUCAUCGCAGAACAACAAGGUGCACUCCGAUUCUUCUUCCCUCUCAGCCAUCCCUCUCUCCACUCCCUCCUCCUCUCUUCCACAAUCGACCAAAAGAACAGACAUUGCCACUGGCGAGUCUCUACCCAGGUUGCUUCUCUCUCCAGCCACGAAUGAGAAGCUGCAUUUGGUGGGGCUGGGAGUGAGGACGGUGAGCUUUUUGAGAGUGAGGGUGUACGUAGCUGGGCUGUACGUCGAUGGCAAAGGUCUGGAAAGGGCGAAGAGGCUGCUGGGAAGCCAGGGCAAGGAAGAGAGCACAGAGGCCGUGCUGAGACAAUUGUUGCUGGGUGGAACAGAGUGUCUCAUCCGCAUAGUUCCCGUGCGCAAUACCGACAUGUCACACUUGCGAGACGGAUUUCUGCGCUCAUUGCAAUCGCGAGCCAAGCUAGCUCGUCGUUCGGGCAGUCUGAAUGCAACAGACGAGCACCUCCUCGAUUCAGCCUUGGACUCUCUGCGUUCGCUCUUUCCCAAGGCUUCGGUGGCAAAGGGCCAAUCUUUAGACCUGAGAUUUGCCGGGGCUAGUAGGAUGGAUGUGCUUUUCAAGGGCAAGAGGUUGGGCGCUGUGGGAGAGAGACCCGCUCCUACGGGCGUGAGGGGAAGGGAUACCGACGACACAGCCUUUGAUAGGUGGGCAGGCAUCGGAGAGCUGCUCUUGGCCUACGUGGCUGAAAAGGGCGAGAUUUCAGCGCCGAUCAAGCAAGACAUCGAAAUCAACCUCCAGCACUUGGCGCAGAAAGGCUCUCUGCCGAUCGAAUAG